AUGCACACCGUUUUUCGAAUUGAUGAAGUUCGAAAACUUGACAAGAAAAGUCCACUUUAUCAAGUGAACCUUAAACUUACGUCUGAUGAUGAUCAACAACUUCGCCAAUUAACCGACCGUAUACGAGAAGAAUCUUCAGGUAGCACUGGAUGGUACCGAAUGGGUAAAUUGCUGCUCAAAAUUGGUCAAUUUGACAAGGCCGAAGAAUUGUACAUGGCACUACUAGAACAGGCUUCUAACGACAGUGAUAGAGCACAUAUCUAUCACCAGCUUGGAUGGUUGAAAGACGACCAAGGACAAUACAAAGAAGCAGCUUCAUUUUAUGAAAUGUCUCUCAAAAUUGAACAACAAACUCUACCAGAAGAUCAUCCUUCAUUGGCUCCUACCUACAACAACAUUGCUCUAGUGUACAACAAGAUGGGUGAUUACUCGAAAGCACUUGGAUUUUACGAAAAAUCACAUAAAAUCCUCGAAAAAGCUCUGCCUCCAAAUCAUCUCUCAUUGGCUUCUUCCUACAACAACAUCGGUCAAGUGUAUAACAACAUGGGUGACUACUCGAAAGCACUUGAAUUUUACGAAAAAGAUCUCGAAAUCACGAAAAAAGCUCUGCCUCCGAAUCAUCCCGAUUUGGCUACUUCCUACAGUUGCAUUGGUCAAGUGUAUAGAAACAUGGGUGACUACUCGAAAGCACUUGAAUUUUACGAAAAAUCACAUCAAAUCUACGAAAAAGCUCUGCCUUCGAAUCAUCCUCAUUUGGCUAUUUCAUAUGGCAACAUCGGUCAAGUGUAUAGCAACAUGGGUGACUACUCGAAAGCACUUGAAUUUUACGAAAAAUCACAUCAAAUCUUCGAAAAAACUCUGCCUCCGAAUCAUCCCGAUUUGGCUACUUCCUACACUUGCAUUGGUCAAGUGUAUAAUGACAUGGGUGACUACUCGAAAGCACUUGAAUUUUACGAAAAAGCACAUAAAAUCUUCGAAAAUGCUCUGCCUCCGAAUCAUCCCUCAUUGGCUAUUUCAUAUGGCAACAUCGGUGAAGUGUAUAAUAAUAUAGGCAAUUAUUCCAAGGCACUUUCGUUUCUCGAAAAGGCGCUAACUAUUCAACAGAAAACACUUCCGCCAUCACAUCCUCAUAUUAAAGAAACGAUACGUAGAAUUAACAAUGUUAAAAAGGUGUAA